AUGAGCCUGGCCAAGAAUGCACGGGAGGCUUUGAAGGCCAUCACCAGUUUCCCCGGUUUUGACAGAGUUUUGGAAAAGGUGACUCUGGUCUCCGCAGAUCCGGGGAAGGUGACCUGCGAGCUGAGGGUGGAGGAGGAGCACACCAACAAGUUUGGCACCCUUCACGGGGGGCUGACGGCCACCCUGGUGGACUCCAUCUCAACGCUGGCGCUGCUCUGCACGGAAAGGGCCCUGCCGGGCGUCAGCGUGGACAUGAAUAUCACGUACAUGUCGCCUGCUAAAGCCGGAGAAGUUGUGGUCAUCACAGCGCACGUCCUGAAGCAAGGAAGGACACUGGCCUUUGCCUCCGUGGACCUGACCAAUAAGGCCACGGGGAAGCUGGUGGCGCAGGGCAGGCACACGAAGCACCUGGGGAACUGA